AUGAAAGCGAGCAGAAAAGAACUAUCGAGUGGGGGGCCCCGAUCGGACGGGCGUGAUCAGAAGGACCAAUGCCACGCAGGUGGACAUCACUAUCACCGCGAGAGUCGCAACAACUUCCACAAAACGUACGAUCGCAGCUGGGAGAAGUGGGAGAAAUUCCGCGAGAAGAAGAUGGAAAUGAUGAAAGCCCACAAGUACAACGUGGAACACCGACUCAAGUACGACAACCAGGAGCGUAUCCUUUACCGACACCACUUCAACUACUACCCGGUCAAGCGACCACGUCCGCGCAAAACGUCCCUCGAGCCCAACUGGUACACGGAGAACAUCUACUCGAAUCAAUCCAUCGACAACUCGGAUGGUGAGCUUGGUGUGGGCUUCCCUCGAACCGGUCCACAAUUGCUGGGAGCGACCACAACGGGUGGCCAUGAUAUCAACGGCAACAUGAGCAUGGGCGGACUGGAGGACGACGGCAUUUUCACCAUCGAUGGUCACUUCGAGCGGCGGCAUCGAUAUCCCAAGUCGAACAGCUGCUGUUUUGGAGUUAACCGCAUGCGUGACAUUGACGAGGUGGAAACCGGCCUGGAACGUGACGGCUGGAGUGAGCGUUAUCCCAAGAUCCCCAAGUCCUACUCGUUCAGCACCUCGCGCAGUAUGGGAGUAGGAUUCAACAUGGCCAAGCUGUACAGCCGCAACAGCUUCGAGAUGCCAGAGUUUGCUGGGCAUCGUCGACGACAACUGGACGGCGGAAGACCGAUCGUGAGAAUGUGUGAUCGCGAGGGUUGCUUCAACGAGACGUGCUUCAGCAAGGACGAGAAGAACUUCUACAACAACAACAACAACAUUAUAAGCGAGUGGAAUCUGCGGAACCGCAAUAACUUGCGCGCAGGUGUUGGCGUUGGAGGUGAAGGUGUUGCCGCUCGACCGCAAUAUGUGAUGGAGGAGGACUUCGAUCUGUUUGAUGAGGAUGACGACGAUGAUGGUGAGGAUGACGACGAGGAGGAUGAUCGUGAUCAUGACGGUUACGGUGUGGACCACACGGUCGAUCCGUACCGGUCGGAACGACCGAAACCGAUACGAGGCCCGUUUAAUCGCAUGGUCGAUUACGCGGACGGUAAAUACUCCGAUGACUACCGGCGGUCGUUCGAGGACUUCUUCAACCAGAACUGCUGCAUCGAACGGCACCACCGACAACUGCGAAAGGGACCAGUAACGCCGGCGAAGAAUAAGAGCAUGCUUGAGGUGAAGCCACCGAACCGGUUCGACGAUACGUCCUCGGACUCGACCGAUCUCGAGCUGGAUGACUUCAACUUUGACUUCGAGAAGUACUGGGAGGAGUUGGAGAAGCCAUCACCGACGUCCCCGAGUGAGCUGGAGGAGCGCAAGAGCGCAGGGCGAAGCGCGAUGGCUGGCGGACCGGCCAAGAAGGUGAAGAACGUCAACCUGAACCGGUGCUACAACAACGGGACGGUCAUUGACAUCUACCACGAUGACGAUCCGUACCACCGCGAUCACUAUCACUAUCGUGAAGGUGCCGGCAAACUGCACAACCAUGAUCAUCGCCACCGUGCCAACACGACACCGAGGAGUAAACCGUCGCGUCACAAGGUGUACCCUUCGGAGAGAGACCGGGACUUGCGAGUACGCGAAGAUCCUGAAGAUGUGCCUCCAUCCGGAAGCGCCAAGGGACAACGGCAGGGCAGCACUAAGACUCUCGAUGCCGCGGGGAACACGAUCAGCAGCAACACCAACGCGAUCAGCUUCCUCAACAACAUCUUCUCCAUUUAUAAGCCGAACAAGUACUCGCCCUUGAACUGCCAUGUCGAGCAAAACUACCUAAAGACCAUUCCGGCCAAGAAGAUGAACAUUGUGGCGAGUUCGGCCGCCCGGCCACUAGGGGCGGCCACUGACAGGCAACACUCUACGACCACCGGAGGUGAUGGAUCCUCCACGAAGCGUCCUCUGACGGUGCACCCGGCCAAACCUUCGGUGGCGUCCGUGGCCAGUGCGGCGAGACGUAACGCAACGCGUCCACCAUCGACUAAGGAUCCACAGGCUCGGUUCCAGAUCAUCCCGGACAAGACGGGCGUGAAGAUAUCGCCCCUAUACCGGCUGGACGCUCAGGAUUACCGGAGGGCGCGCUAUAAACUCAAGAGCACCUCGCGGCCCUUGUCCUUCUGGUGA